GUGGAGAUUUUCCUUGUUCCUUCCUUCCACUCCGCGACGCGUUUGCGCGCAAGCUUAAGCAGGCGCGAUCUCGCUAGGGCAGCGCCAGCGAUCGAUCGGCUAUGGAGCAUUUCGCGAAGGCGAAGACGGUCCGGCUGAGGAGCUCGCACGGGAAGUACCUGUGGGCCGAGGAAGACAUGGUGGGCGUGUCGCAGGAGCGCGAUUCCGGUGAGAUGGCGGUGUGGGAGGUGGAGAUCGCCGAGAGCUCUGGGGAAGACUGUGGUGUGGUCCGUCUCAAGAGCGCGCUGGGCUGCUACCUCACGGCCUCGGACGAGCACUUCCUCCUGGGAAUGACGGGCAAGAAGGUGUUGCAGAGCGCGCGCGGCAAUCAAUCGCUGGAAUCGCUGGUGGAGUGGGAGCCCAUCGCGGCGGGCGAGGUAGGCUCUUUUGUCAAGCUCAAGACGCGCCAUGGCAACUUCCUGCGCGGCAAUGGCGGGAUUCCUCCAUGGAGGAACUCGGUCACGCACGACGUGCCCGUGAGAUCUGCGACCCAGAGCUGGCUCCUCUGGGAGGUGGAGGUGGUCGAAUCCAAGACCCAACACCAGCAGCAACACCACCGGCGAUCCAAGAGCUCCUUCUCGGCGACGCCCCAGCUCUCUUUCAAGAUCCCCAAAUCCGAGGGGAGGCUCAUCCGCUACGCGGUGGUGUGGGACAAGAGCGAGACCAUUCCAGUUCCUUGCAAGGAGUGGCCCAGAUUUCACUUCCACGGGGGUAAUACUCUCGCGGAUCUCACCACCGCGAUCAAGGAGGAGCUGGGGCUUGAUCCGAGCGAAGAGGUGCUCGUCUGCUCUAGGCACGAUGCCAGCGGCAAGAUCUUCCCGCUCAAGCUUGGGCUUCCCCCAAACAAUGCGCCUAUGAGCCUGGUGAUUGUCAGGUCUCCUCCUCCACAAUGAUACCAGAAAAUGUUCAAUAUACUAGAGUCAGACAGGGAUCCCCCUCUCCCCCACA